AUGCCUCUCAACGCUCUACCACCCGAGAUCUUCGAGACCGUCGCCCAACACCUAGACCCAGCCGAUCUCGUGGCGACUCGGCUCGUUUCCAGGGACAUCGCAGCCAAGACUCUCCGCACAUUCGCCACAGUGCACUUCACCGAAAAGUGCUUCCUUUUAAGCAGCAGGAACUGCCUUCUAGCCGCCAUAGACAUCGCAAAGCAUCCAGUCUUCGGUCCAGCGCUCCGCAAGUUGUCGUUCUACAUCGACACAGCGAAACGACCACUUGAACUUGGUAUUCCAGGAGGCUUCGGCGAUGGCGGUCUUUGGGAGGCAUAUGAAUCGAGAUUGGCCAUCUACGACUUCUACUCGGGGUUCAUAAGUGACACGGCGCUCGACUUCUCCGGCAAACCCGACGGCCUCGGGUCAUGCGUUGGUACCUUGCUAUCUGCGUUGGCAAGACUCAAUCGAGUCGAAGAGGUGGUCGUUACAAACAGCGAAGCUUCAAGCAUACUACCUGCCGCUGCACCAACCUUCAAGGAUAUGAUCAGACUACAUACGCUGGAGGUGGACGAAACAUUCGGAAGUGUCGCUACAUGUUUGCUGGAUCAGGCGAUCGGCUUCCUUCGUUGGCCAGCGCUCGAAGCCUUCACCAUGGCUGGCACAGAUUGGGCCCUGAGACCGAGCACGGUGGUCGACUCUCCCAUCCGCGAGACUGCGCCGUGCGGAUUCCUGGCAUGCGAAACGACGCUUCGACUCCGGCGCAUCACCCUCGCACUGCAAAUCGCCAGGUUUCACAGCCUAGACCAAGAGAUUCUUUUCAUCUUCAUCACUCUGCAGCAUAACUUCGAGCUAGAAUAUCUGGACCUAAGCUUUGCAGAUAUCAGGUACGGACCCUUUCGUAGACUCACCUGGCUAGCCACCGAUGCCUUGUUCGGAUACCAGCACCCUGCUAUCUUCGUGGCUCUGAAGGAAUUUCGGCUCGCAGGAGUCAGCGUUACACUUUCUGCGCUGAGGAACUUCGUCAAAGAUCAGCCUGUUCUUCAGGAGCUCGUCCUGGCAGACAGCGUCAUCCGUCUGCAAGGGGUCCGAUUUGAAGACCUGCGGGAAGAGGGGGAAGGGUGUUAUGGUGAGACGUUGUCCCGUAUCCUUGGCGUGCACACGCGUAUUGGCGCGGUCAGCCUGGUAUGA